CGCCCCGCAUUCAACCAUCCCAUCGCAAGCCAAGUCAAGUUCCGAUUCUAGGCCUUCGGCGCUUCCAUGCCUACCUAAAGUUUACACUCACAGGACAUUUACAACCUCUUCCAACUUUACUCCUCAACCGUAAAAAAAAAAAAAACCUUCUUCCUCUACGACUUCUACCAUCAACCAACCACCUACAAUGGCGAACCGUCAGAUGGCCCGCGACAUGCAAGUCGAGUUCCAGGCUCGCUUCCAAGCCAAGCAGGCUCGCCGCGAGGCCCAAAAGGCAGCCAAGCAGGACCCCAUCCUGAAGAAGCAGAUCCAGGACCUUCUCAAGAAGGGCGAGACGCAGAAGGCUUAUCAGAAGGCCAAGAUGCUGCUGUCGAAGCAGGCGCUUGCUCAGCAGAUGGAUCAGAUGGCUGAUAUGGCCGAGUUGUCUGCUGCGCAGAUUCAGGCCAACAACUCGAUGAACCGCAUGACACAGAUGAUGGCCCAGUCAUCACGAACUAUGAAUGUGGCCCAGAAGAACACCAACCCCGAAAAGACCCUCGUUACUCUCGAGCAGUUCAAGCAGCAAAACGAAGAAUACGCCAUGUCCAACGGCAUCUACCAAGACGCCAUCACCCAGUCUACCUCCACCCAAGUCGGCGAGGAUGCUGUCCACGAACUUCUCGGCAAGCUUGCCGACGACGCUGGCCUUGAGCUCAGCAAGGAACUCAACCAAGCGACACCUUCGAACGCCGAACCCCAGCAGACCAACGAGCCUACUGCUGAGGAGGAGGAUAAGCUCCAGCAGAGGCUUCGAGCCCUGCGUGCAUAGUCUUGCUGCUCGUCACAGGACUUGCCUUGUUUGGCACUUUUGAACUCCAAUUAUUUUAUGCGAUAGGGUGGCAUGACAGAUUCAUCAUGAUCAACUUUCGGAGAGGUACGUUUUCUUGGUUAAGGUUUGGCGUUGGGGUUUCUGGUGGCGACAUAAAUUCAUCUUCAUCUCCAACUUCGAGAAUGAAGGCAAAUUUUCUUUAUUGUUUAUCAAUAUCAUACAUUAGACAUGACACUCGCACUCCCUUUUCUCCUACAUGCUCGUGACGUAUAUUGCACGCUCCGUACAAAUGCCAGAUACUCCAAACCAUGCUGGGCUUACAUGUAGAGACUUGCCACUGCUGUGAUAUCCCUCUUGAUCAUUUCCUGUGCCUGUUGCAUCUUCUGAUAUAGUUCGGGAUCACCCACAAUUCUCGCCGCGUUCUUCACCUCGCGACAUGUCUCAUCCAGUCGUGUAAUCGUUCGUACAAUCGUGCCUUCAAGGACGUCGGUCAAGCCGGUGAUGUUCUUGAAGCUCAUACCUCGAGCCCACUCGUAGACCACUUCCAUGAUUCCGAACCGUGGUCGAGAAACAAAGUCAUUUGAGUCAUCAGCAGACUGAAUGACUUGCAGUCUGGUCUGCACAUCGUUCACCUUCUCGGAGAUGGCAACAAUCUUCUCCUUUCCUCGCUCGAGGUUGCCAGUCAGGGAUGGUUCUAUGUCAGUCUUCUCUUGGAAUACAAACGCCGAAAGGAGAGCGGCAAUUUCGGCGGGUUCGUAGUCGGCGAGGACGUUGUCAAGAAUGAGCUCAGUCAGGACCAGUUCAUCACCAGAAUGAAUCUCGCAGGCGACCUUGCCCUUGAGCUGGAUCCGAGUGGCAUCAUCGAUGAAGCCAAGCUCCUUAAGCACUUGAACUCGCUGUUCGUAAUCGGGUAGAAGUUGAAGGUUCUGAUCAGACAAUGACUGCUUCAGCUGAGAGAUAUGAUCCUUGAUGAGCCACUCAUCGUGACACAUAGCGAACUG